AUGGACUUCAAGCAUGAGAUCAGCUCCGUGGUGACGGAGGAAAGAAAGAGGCGUAAGAUUCCAAGUGCAUAUGCUGUUCUGUAUGCCAGCUUGGGCGGAUUGCUCCUUCUCGGAGGCUGCCUGAAGUUCGAAGCUCUCAAAUCAUUUUCUCCUUCAAACUUUUGGACGAACUCGAGGACAUCUUCUUCCCACUCGGUGGAGUCGUAUACUCCUCACGAUGUUUAUUACAACCUUACCAUGUCGCAAGCAUGGCGGAACCCAGAUGGCGGGCACUGGCGGCCAAUGUUCGUUGGCAACUCUGAUAGCCCGGUUCCGGUCAUCAAUGCCCGGGAAGGCGAUCUCAUCCACCUGAAUGUGCACAAUGACUUCGGCGUUCCAUCGGCCUUGCACUGGCUUGGAUUCCGCCACUACCAAAGCAAGACAUGGAAUGACGGGGCUGCUGGUGUGACCACAUACCCCAUCCUUCCUCGCGCAAACUGGACCAGUGUUCUGAACACCACAGGGCAGUGGGGCCUCAAAUGGUAUGCUGACCACUGCACUACUCCUCUCUUUGAUGGCUUCUACGGAACAAUUUGGAUCCGUCCGAGCCCAGAGCGUGAGAGGCCGUAUCACCUGGUGUCCUCCGAUGAGGCAGACAUCCAAGACAUGCUUGAUGCUGAGGCAACGCCCGAGCAUGUCACCCUGUAUAACUACCAGCACCGGACGUACGACAAUCUGCUCUCGCAGCUUCAGUACGACGGCUACGAGCCGAACUGUUUCCAGUCUGUGCUCGUCAAUGGCAAGGGUCGUGUCCAUUGCAAGCCCUCUGACGUCGACGACAUUGAUGGCGAGCCCAUCGAUUCUCAUGGCUGUGUCAGACAAGCCACUGGUGCUGUUGGCUAUGGUCAUUGUGUUCCAACCUACACGGACUACGAGAUCAUCGAGACUAAGAACAGGCGCUGGAUGAUGAUGAACUUCAUCAACAACGGCCUGGAGCACCCAUGGAGAGUUUCGAUCGACUCUCACAAGUUGUGGGUCGUAGCAAAUGACGCCGGCUUCGUGCAGCCCCAAGAAGUGGACAUCCUCACCCUCCGCAACGGCCAGCGUGUGACCGUCAUGGUCAAGCUUGACCAAGCUGCUGAAGACUACGCCAUCCGCUUCCACGCUCUCAGCAAGCAGCAGUCCCUGCAGGGCUACGCCAUCCUGCGCUACCCGCACCGCCGCACCGGCCAACGCCUCGGCGCCCCCAUGCCGCGCCCGGACCACUCCCUCUCCCUCAUGCACUACGACGCCAGCGCCAUCCACGGCGCCGUCGUCCUCUCCGAGCACACACUCUCCCCCUACCCACCCGUCUCCCCUCCCCGCCACGCCGACAUCACGCUGCACAUGCGCGCGACCGGCGCCCCCGACCCCAUCAACCCGUUCAUCACGAACUACACGCUGAACGGGGCCCCCUGGCAACUCUGGCGCGUACUCCGUUCCCCCCUCGUUCUCGCCCCGUCGACCGAGUUCAAGGGGCCGAACCCGAUCGUCAAGAACCUGCCGCUCGGCAGCGUUGUCGACAUCGUGGUGCAGAACGACCUGGACGUCGAAUUGCCGAUGUACAAGCACAACGACGCGACGUUCCACCUAGGCCACGGGGACGGGCCGUUCCGGUGGGAGAACGUGGCGGAGGCGGAGAGGGAUGGGGCGCCGGUCAACCUGGUUGAUCCGCCGAUGGGGUUCUUCCAUGAGUUGCCGCCGAAGGGGUGGUUGGCGAUUCGGUGGAAGAUCGAGCAGCCGGCGAUGACUAUGUUUCAUGUUUUCCGUGCGAAGCAGUUUGUCAUGGGGAUGCAGGUACCUUUGUUCGAAGGAGAUGACCAUUGGCCGGAGGUGCCGGACAGUGUGAAGGAUAGGCCGCAUGUCGAGUUUGAGAUGCCGGAGCGGAUGGGCAUUUUUGACUGA